AUGGAUGCGAUCGGGGCGGAUAAGAUUGCGGGAGACGUCGCGGGCGAGUUGCAGCGGGAGUUGGAGACGCUGCGCGAGGAGUUCGCGGGCGAACGCGAAAGAUUGGAGGAGGAGAUCGCGAGUUUAGAGCGCGAAGUGACGCGAUUGAAGACGGUGGAACCGGAAUUGGAGGCUUUGCGAGUGUCGUUAGACACAAAAGAGGCCGCGGCGCGGGCGAGCGCGGAGGAGGUGGCGAAGGUUCGCGACGAACUCGCGGCGAAGGUGGACGAGCUGUCGAGCGCGGCGGCGGAGAUCGAAGAGGCACGAGCGGGCAUGGAGGAGAUGAAGAGCGCGGUAGAGGAGGCGAAGAAGCAGUCGAAAGACAAAGUCAAGAGAGCUAUCGCCAAAGGCAAAAGUAUCGAGGCUGAGAAGAAGGCGCUCGAGGAGGAGAUGACGACAUUACGUUCGGCGAGCGAGGAACACGCCAAGUUGACACAAAAUCUCGCCGAAGCGGAGUCCAAACUUGCUGCGCUUCAAAACGAUCUCAACGCCGCAAACGAUAAAGCGAUGAUGUUUGAGGGCAUGGACGACGCACUCGCCGAAGAAAAGAUUCGUAACAAGGAUCUUCAAGCGCAGCUUGUCAUGUUGAAAUCUCUCGAAGCGAAAGAAAAACCACUCGAGGUUGAGCUCGCUGCGGCGAAAGAAACCGUGGAAAAGCUCAAAGCUGAAGUUCAAAACGCCCAAAGUGCGCUUGAAAGUGCACAAGCCGACGUUGAAGCCGCGCGCGCGGAUGCGGAUGCGCAAACCAUGCAGUUGAGGGAAGAUUUGGCAAUUGCUGUCGAAUCCUUGCGGAAAGUCGAAGAGAGCGCUGCAGAGGAACAGGCAAAAAUUGAAGAGGAGCGCGCGCAAUUCGUGUCGCAAAUCGACGACAUCACGGAGCAAUUGGGCGUUUCCGAGCGCGCCGUUUUUGAGAAGGACGCGGAGAUUCAGUCACUCGUGGCGAGGAUUGAAGACGCGCAGAGUUCAUCUAACGAUGACGUGACGCGAUUGCAAGCGGCGCUUGAAGCCGCCGAGCAAGAAAAACAAGCCCAGUCGACGGAUUUGUUAGAGCGUCUGAACGAUGUGUCAUCACAAUUAGAAGACGCGCACGGGAAGUUCGCCGCAUUAAGCGACGAAAACGCGACGCUUGAGAGUGAGAUCGCGGCGAAAAUCGAUGAAAUUGCCGCGCUCACGUCUCGCGUUCAGGAAGCGAGCCAAUCUUCCAACGAUGAAACAAGGGCACUGCGCGCGCAGCUGGAAGAGUUAAGCGCUGAAAAUGCCUCUCAAAGCGCAAGCAUCGCCAAACUUUCCGAUGCAGCGCGCGCGACAAACGAAGAAGCGAACGCGCUAAAGGCAGCGAAGACUGCUGUCGAAGACGCGCUUCGAGCAAAGGAUCACGAAAUUGCGCGAGCGCAAUCUGCGUUCGACGACGCCCGAGGCGCGGCGGCGGCUGAGCUCGUAGAUGCGCGCUCGCGCCUCGACGCCGCUGAAACGGAAAAGAGUGUGCAGCACGAACAACUCGUCGAAAUCAACGCGCGCAUGCAAGCACAGACGGCAGAACUCGCGGCUUUGAAUUCCGCCAAGUUGAGUGCGGAGGAUACUGUCGCCAAGCGAGACGAAGAAAUCGCCAAGCUCACGGAACACAUGCGUUCGCUCGAAUCAUCCGGAGACGUCGUGGGCGAGCUUCAAGCGCGCAUCGAACUCCUUACGCAGGAAAAAGAAUCGCUCGAGGCCCAAAUCGUCGAUUCUAAAACGGGAUUGCAGGCUUCUCAAGAUGAAAUCAAGUCCCUGUCGAGCGCCAAGGAGAGAGCCGAAGGCGAGUUGAGUGCAAAGGAUGCGCAAAUAGCCAAACUGACUGCAAAGGCGAAGAAGACGAAGAAGGCGUCCGAUGAUUUACUUGCCGCGCUUCGCGCAAAACUCGACGCCGCUGAGCAAGAAAAAGAAAACUCGAUCGCGCAGUUGCGAGAAGAAAUCAGCGCGGCAAACGUGCGAGUUCAAGCGGUGGAGAAGGAGGCUGCCGACGUCGCGGCGUCUAAAUCUGCGCUCGAGAAAGAGUUAGCGGCGAAGUGCGACCAUAUUAAUGAACUCAGCGCGAAGGCCGACGAAGCGCGCGGUGCCGUCGGCGAGGAGUUGUCGCACACGCAAGCUAAGCUCGACGCCAUGGAGGAGGAGAAGAUCGUAGCCGAAAAACAACUCAAGGAAUACGUGGAACGAUUACAGGGCGUCGACGCUGAGUUGUCGGCGCUCAAGGAUGAGAAGGAAAAGCUCAAAGUUGCGAUCACGGAGAAGAAUCAAGAGACGUCGCAACUUCGCGAGCACAUCAAAUCAAUGAACGCUGGUUCAAGCGAAGAGUUGUCUCGCGUCAACGAGGCACUCACCGACUUGCGCGUUUCGCACGAAUCCGCGAUCGCCGAGCGCGAGGCGCUCCUCGUCGCUCGAGCCGACGUUGAAGAGCGUUUGGCGAAAGUUGAGGCCGAGCGCGAUAGUCUUGCGCGUGAUGUAGCGUCGACGAGCGAAGCCGCGUCGCGCGUCGCCGUGCUUGAAAAGGAAAUCGCCGAUAUCCGAGUCGCAGAGGAGAAGACGCUCGCGGAGACGACUGCGUUGGUUGAGGAAAAGAGCGCGUUGAUCGCGCGACUCACCGCCCAAGUAGAAGAGGCAAAGGCGAAUGGCGCCGCUGGGGCACAAAGCCGAAUCGGCGAGUUGAACGCAGCGCUGGGUGAGGCGCAAGGCGAAGUCUCGAGCUUGCGCGCAGAGCUCCGGGCGGCGCAGACGUCGCUCGCGUCAACGCGAGAUUUGCAAGAGCGGUUGGUGCGCGCGGAAGCGAACCUCACGACUUCGCAAGAAGUGCAAAAUGAUUUAAGGUCGAAGCUCGCCGACGCGAACGCCGCGCUGUCGAAGCAGCAGAGCGCCCCGCUACCGUCGACGCCUCCGCCGCCGACUUCGGCGUCGCGACGACUCCCGCGAACGCCGAGCGACAGCUCGCACGCGGUCGACAUCGAAUCCGGCGACCGCGCGGAAUCACCGUCGAAAUCCCUUCGCGUUUGGAAGGAUUCUCGCGUCACCGGCCGCGUGCCCGCGCGAUUCCAACCGAUCAUGGAAUUUUGCGACAACGCCUUCGUUCGCUUCUUCCGCGUCAUGCGAACGCAACCCUCGCUUCGCUUCGCCGCCCUAUCCUACUGGGCCAUCCUCCACGCGUGGCUCUUUUUCCAUCUCUUCGUAGCGUUUUAACGUCAACCGUCGCCAUUCGAGACCACGACGCGCCCGACGCCUUCGCGUCACUUCGCGCCGCGAAUCCAACCGAAUCCAACCGAAUCCAACCGCCGCGUCCGCCAUGACGCUCCGCGCGCCGCGCGCCGUCCCGCGCGCGCCGCCGACGCCGACGCCGACGUCGACGCCGCGUCCCGCGCCGCGCGCGCGCGUCGUCGUCGCGUCGGCGUCGCGCG